AGACCGACCGACGGAGCAGGACAGCCAUAGGAUACCACAUGCCCAGCUAAGAAGGGGAGAAGAGAGAGACAGAGAAGGGGAUAUAGAGGAGAAUAGACAGAGAGGAAGGUAGAGAAAGAUUGAGAGGAGAAAGGGAGACGAGUGAGACAGAAGAAAAGUACUUUCUGUAAGAGUAGAGGAAAAGAAGGAGAGAUGCCUGCUGCCCUUCUCAGACCCAGAGUGGCCCUGGCCCAGACCAACCUGAUCAGCAUGCUGCUGUUGUCUCUCUGUCUCCACACCGGCUCCGUCACUGGAGGCAUAAUGAAGGCUGAUGAGACCCAGAAUGGUGGCGGGGACACCAUCAGCCACUCCCUGGCCCUGGUGCAGCAUCUGGAGGCCCUGCUGGCUCAGGGGAAUGGCAGUGAUGUGGCCCUCAGGGUGCAGACAGUGGGAGCAGAGCAGGUAAAGGUGAUCCAGGCCCACUCCCUGAUGCUGUCCCUGCAGAGCCCUGUGUUCGAAGAACUGCUGCUCAGCCGUAACGGCACCACCCUGGUCCUCCUGGAGACCGCUGAGUGUGCUGCCGUCUUCGACAAAUUCAUCAGGUACCUGUAUUGUGGAGAGAUCUCCCUGUGUCUGGAGCAGGCCACCUCUCUACACAAGCUGGCCACUAAGUACCGCGUCCAGGGCCUUCAGCAGGGGGUCACCCAGUACAUGACCCAGAACCUGGCCAGCAACUCCCCUUCUGGACACGUGGUGGAAUGGUACCAGUACGCCCUGCAGACUGGAGACGUGGCCCUGCGGGACAGCUGUCUGCAGUAUCUGUCCUGGAACCUGUCCUCUGUGCUGCAGAGUGGGGAGUGGACGCAUGUCAGCAACGACCUGCUCAUGACCCUGCUGCAGCGCUCAGACCUCAUCCUGCAGAGUGAAAUGGAGCUCUUCACGGCACUGGAGGCCUGGAUCAACCAGAACAAACCGGAUGCUCUAACGGCCGAGAACGCUCUGAGAGCCGUCCGUUAUGCCAUGAUGCCCCCUCUGGAGCUCUUUCGCCUGCAGACCCAGUCUCCUGUUCUGGCCCGCUACCAAGAGUCGGUCCGGGACCUCCUCUACCAGUCCUACCAGUUCCACUCCUCCUCCCCCCUCCACAUGGCCAAGUACUUUGAUGUGAACUGCAGUCUCUUCAUGCCCAGGAACUACCUCUCCCCUGCCUGGGGGAGUCCUUGGGUCAUUAACAACCCCAUGAGGGACGACCGCAGCACCAGCUUCCAGACGCAGCUGGGCCCCAGCGGCCAUGAUGCCAACAAGAGGGUGACCUGGAACUCCCUGUUCUCGCCCCGUUGGUUGCCCCUCAGCAUGAGGCCAAUGUACUCCGAACAGGGUUCCACACAGCCGACACGUGUUGACGGAGGCCGCCUGCGCAUCAUUAUUACUCCCGCUACGUCGAGUGCAGAGUUUGCCGGGGUGAGCUUCCAGAAGACGGUGGUGGUGAUGACGAGGAAGCAGGGAAAGAUGGUGGUGAGACAUGUUUAUAAUUUCCACCAGAGCACCGAGGAGACUGGUGAUUUCCUGGUGGAAGCCGAUCUGCACCGUAAGACAUCUGAGUACCUGGUCGAUGGUUCCCUCCAUCUACACAUCGUGGUGAAGCCGCUCUACCAGACCCUCAUAGCUACAAAGAAAUGACCACCUCCACUCUUUCUAUGCGUCCCAAUUCUCUAUCCUUCUGCUCUGAGUGUGCACUUGUUCACUUCCCUUCAGGUCACUUGUUCACUUCCCUUCAGGUCACUUGUUCACUUCCCUUCAGGUCACUUGUUCACUUCCCUUCAGGUCACUUGUUCACUUCCCUUCAUGCAUGUGGAGGAGUGCAUGAGUGCACACUUUGGGAGAAAUCCCUCUCCGUACAUGCAGUGGUAUGGUGGACACCAUGUAAGCCAAGCACUGCCCUCUUAAAGCACCACACUCAUAUCGCAUAAUACGCAAUGUCAAGGGAGAACCAACCCACCCCAUCAUGUCUGCAGUGUAUGGGAUACAUGGAUAGUAGACGAUAUCUGUUUGAUAGCUUUUAGAAACAUUUUGAACAGUAUUUAUUCAAGAUCAAUAUGUCUUUCAAACUUAGCUAUGUUUUAAAUAAUAUUUCUCUUGGUGAUAUUAUAUGCCAGGCAUUUACCUCCAAGGGGUCUUUGCCAUUCAUCACAUCUGACAUGGUCACCCUGUCCAGGUGCUUAUAGCCAUUCUGUUUCUCAUGUAGCAUACCAAGGCCUACAAACCAAAGUACUAGAAAUUGAUAGUGAAAUGGAUUGAAUCCAUAUAGCCAGUUUGUAUAAUAAAUAACACUAAGUUUAUCAAAAACAUUUUUAGAUUAGAUUAAUUGUCACUUAUUUUUAUUAAUAAUAGUAAAUAUUAGUUAUCUUAGAAAUUUUAAAAAAUCAUACAAAGUUUGAGGAGCUUUUAUUAUUCUCAUGUUGCUUGUGGUACCAUCCAAUAAAGCGAAGUUCUUCCAGGG